GUAAAACUUGAGAAAAACCAAGUAGGGAAACCAUCUCGCGUAGUUCAUAUCCGUAACAUUCCAAAUGAUGCUACUGAGACAGAUAUAAUUCAUUUGGGUAUGCCAUUUGGACGUGUAACUAAUGUACUUUUAUUGAAAGGAAAAAAUCAGGCUUUUUUAGAAAUGACAGAUGAAGUUUCAGCAACUACAAUGGUGAAUUAUUUUGUAAAUUCUGGCUCUCCAGUCGUUCGAAAUCGCACUGUUUAUGUUCAAUUUUCAAAUCAUAAAGAACUUAAAACAGAUAGUUCACAUUCAAAUUCACAUGCAACUACACAAGCAGCUCUUCAAGCUGCUCAAGCAUUAAUAAAUCAGACAGAGACUCAAGGUGGACCAAAUACUGUUCUUAGGGUCAUAGUGGAUAAUCAGAUCUAUCCUGUAACUCUUGACAUUCUUUGUCAGAUAUUUUCUAGAUUUGGGAAAGUUCUGAAAAUAGUUACAUUCACAAAAAAUAACACAUUCCAAGCUCUCAUACAGUAUCCAGAUGUUAUUACAGCACAAGCAGCAAAAUUGUCCCUAGAUGGCCAAAACAUAUACAAUGCCUGUUGUACUUUGAGAAUAGAAUAUUCCAAACUCACAAAUUUGAACAUUAAAUUUAACAAUGACAAAAGCAGAGAUUUCACCAAUAAUAAUCUUCCUUCUGGUGAUGUAACAUUAGAUUCAUUAGGUAUCACAGGAAUAAAAUCAGGUUCUAUGGGUAUGCUUGCAUCUCCUUUUGGCACACCUGGUUUAGCAUCACCACUUUCAGCUUAUGCUGCUGGAGCUCUUCCUCUUGGGAGUUUUACACUGCCACCUUCUGCUGCAACAACUGCUGCUGCAUUAGGUCUUUCUGGCAUUAGACUUCCUGGGCAGUCUUCUGUUGGCAGUGUACUUUUAGUUAGCAAUUUAAAUGAACAGAUGAUCACGCCCGAUGCUCUCUUUACCCUUUUUGGGGUGUAUGGUGAUGUCUUGCGUGUAAAGAUAUUAUUCAACAAAAAGGAUAAUGCACUGAUACAGAUGGCUGAACCACAACAAGCUCAAAUUGCAAUGAGUCACUUAGACAAGUUGAAAGUUUAUGGAAAACCAAUUAGAGUUGCCCAAUCCAAACAUCAAGUUGUGCAAAUGCCAAAAGAAGGCCAGCCUGAUGCUGGUUUAACCAAAGAUUACACAAAUUCACCAUUACAUAGAUUUAAAAAGCCAGGAUCUAAAAAUUAUCAGAACAUAUAUCCACCUUCAGCUACAUUACAUCUUUCAAACAUUCCAUCAAGUGUUGAUGAAGAUCACAUUAGAGAUGCGUUUGCUGAAACAGGAGGAACAGUUGUUGCAUUCAAAUUCUUCCCAAAAGACAAGAAAAUGGCUCUUAUUCAGAUGGAUUCAGUGGAAGAAGCAGUAUCAGCUUUAAUUCAAAUGCACAAUUAUCAGUUGAGUGAUUCAAGUCAUCUAAGAGUUUCUUUCUCCAAGUCAACAAUCUGAGCUUGCAUCUAGGAAUUCCAGCCGACUUUUGUCGACUGCCUUGGUCUGUGAUACACAGAGAGCCAGAAGAAUUAACAUAUUGCUGAUUUUGAUAGAAAUUAAAUAUUUACUAAAGAAACAAAACCAGAGAAGCAAAGUGUAUCUGACAAUUUCCAGUUUUCUGAAUGAGCACACCACAGUGCAACAUACCGUCUACUGUCAAUUAUAAACAAGACAAUUCUGUCACAAUAGAGAGAUUAAUACUCUAUGGUUUUAUACACCAUAUUUUUCUCUUCCUCAUUAAUAUUUGUCUAGAUGAAUAUUUUCCAGAUAGUAGUGUGCAAGAGCUUGCUUUGUAUCACAAACUGAGGAGACCCCUAAUUCGUGUUGGUGACAAAAAUAGGGGAAUUGUUGUAUUGUCUUUUAUAAAGUAUAAAAAUGACCUGUAUUUUUGCAAGCUUUUGGUCUUUUCUUAAUGGCACAAGUGAUGGUGACAUUUUGAAAAAAUUCCAUGUUUGUAAUCUAUUUUUGCAUAUUAUAUCCAAGUAUAUUCCUCUACCUGUUAAUGUCGCCUAUCGUGUUUUUACCAGUAGCAUUUAAAUCUUACUUUUGUUGUUUGUAUAAACAAUGAUUAUCCUAUACUUCAGUUUAAUGCAAAAUAUUGCUUGUAUUUUUGUCACCAUGUUCAUCAAUUGGCCAGUCUGCCAAGUGAUUGGAAAAGGUAAAUUGGCAGCCAGUAUAUACCUCUUACCAAUUGUGAAUUAUUUUUCUUACCUAUUCUAGACUAUGUACAAGGAAAUGUUUCAUAGAUCCUUCAAAAAGCAAAAUUUAAUCACAAUUUGUGUACUUCAAUGUGUUUAAAUGUCGUGUUGCAAAUUUUAAAGUCAUUCUUUGACUUGACGAAAACAUCCGUGGAAUACCACUUGUUCUUUUUGAUAUCAUGUUAUUCUAACAGUUUUUUAUGUAUACAUCAAUAUAUGUAAUAAUGCUUUUUAAGUUUGACACACUUUCUCCUGUCAGGUAUGGUUAGUCUACAAAAGGAAAUUCUUCCUUGUGCAUAUUAAUAUUUAGAAUUAAAUUUUAGUAUAUUCAUUUAUCAUUGCAUAUCUCGACAACCAUACCUGUUAGUAGAAAUGCACUAUUAAGAACGUAUUGAUAAACCAACAUUUGAUGUCUAAUGGACCAUUUUCAAGAUUAUUUUUGUCUCUACACUACUAUUACCAUUCCUUGUUAAGAUUUGUAAUCACCAUUUAUGUCUUGAUUUAUGUAUAUUUGUAAUCCCGCCUCUUUAUAUAUUAGAUGCUUUCAUCAUGGCAUAUAGGGUGUGUCUUUAUAUACCCAUGCCAUAUUGUAAAUUGUGCCUUGGUUAUAAGAGAGUUCCAGUUAUACACAACUAAUCUUGGGAAUUCAAUUUUUGUUUCUAAAAUGGGGUUGUCUACCAUAUUGAACUUCAUAUCAACUUAUGGCUCAAGUUACAAAAUAUUCCCAUCCCCAAUUGUUAAGAGCCAUGAGUUGAUUCUUGUCAGUUUUUCUUUUUUUUGUCAAGCAAAGAAAUUGACUUUUUGCACCAUACUGGAUCAAUUCAUAUCAUGCCUGCUAGAAAAUAGAUUAAGAUGAGAGAUCUUCAAACUCAAGCUGUGCCUUCUAAAAGGGGUGCCUAUAUUGUUGUAGCACCCAAAAAUCCCUCACACAAAAAAAAAGAAAACCUAUGACAAGAAAACUUUGGAGAUUUUUUUAAAAUUGUAAUAUCAUUGUCAUACAAACAUAAUAAAGUUUUUUAAUGUUAACUGCACUGCUGCCAAAGCAGGAGAUAUUUCAAAACCUGCAGAAUUAUUCUUUUGUAAUAAUAUGAAAAAAAAAAUCUCUAAAAUUGAAAAAGUAAAUAAAUAAAUGGAAUCAAU